CGCGGCGCGGCUGCUGCUGGAGGCUGGUCCGGGGAGGCUACAUUAGGUCCCCUGCAGAUUGCUCCAGUACUACAGUCAUGAAUGGUACUGUGAGAUUUCAUCAUGACAAGUCAACUCACGUAACAACUGUGAUAAUAAAAUACUUAUACAAAGUUUUUGUACAUAGCUCUCAUGAUAGUGAUCCCAGAAAGAGUUAUCAUUCUAAUUCUACAAAGAGUGCAGAAUGAUUAAGGAAAUCAUUGUAAGCUUGGUGUCUUGGAAAUAUGGAAUCAAUCUCUAUGAUGGGAAGUCCUAAGAACCUCAAUGAAACCUUCUUACCAAAUGGUGUUAAUGGUAUCAAGGAUGCCAGUAAGAUCACAGUAGGCAUAUUUGGAAGUGGAGACUUUGCCAAGUCCCUGACCAUUAGGCUUAUAAAAUGUGGAUACCAUGUGGUUGUAGGAAGCAGAAACCCUAAAUUUGCUGCUGAGUUCUUCCCACAUGUGGUUGAUGUUACUCACCAUGAAGAUGCUGUAUCAAAAACUAACAUCAUUUUUGUUGCCAUACACAGAGAACAUUAUGCCUCUUUGUGGGACCUCAAGCAUUUACUUAUAGGUAAAAUCCUUGUAGAUGUUAGCAACAAUAUGAGGGUGAAUCAGUAUCCAGAAUCCAAUGCAGAGUAUUUGGCCUCCCUGUUCCCAGAUUCGCUGAUUGUCAAAGGAUUUAAUGUCAUCUCAGCCUGGGCACUGCAGUUAGGACCAAAGGAUGCCAGCAGAAAGGUCUUUAUAUGCGGUAACAAUGUUCAAGCUCGCCAUCAAGUUAUCGAACUUGCCCGACAGCUGAAUUUUAUUCCCAUUGAUUUGGGGGCAUUGUCUUCUGCAAGGGAGAUUGAAAACUUACCUCUGCGGCUGUUCACAUUGUGGAAAGGGCCGGUAGUGGUGGCUAUUAGUUUGGCCACUUUUUUCUUCAUCUAUUCUUUCAUCAGAGAUAUAAUACAUCCAUAUGUGAGAAAUCAGCAAAGCGACUUUUACAAGAUUCCCAUUGAGAUUGUGAACAAGACUUUACCAGUUGUUGCUAUUACUUUGUUGUCUCUGGUGUAUUUAUCAGGACUCCUGGCAGCUGCUUAUCAGCUUUAUUACGGCACUAAGUAUAGGCGACUUCCUCCCUGGCUGGAGAGUUGGUUGCAAUGUAGGAAACAGCUGGGACUACUCAGUUUCUUCUUUGCUACCGUGCACGUGGCUUAUAGUCUCUGCUUACCUAUGAGGAGGUCUGAACGAUACUUGUUUCUUAAUAUGGCUUAUCAGCAGGUUCAUGCAAAUGUGGAAAAUUCUUGGAAUGAGGAAGAAGUGUGGCGAAUUGAAAUGUAUAUCUCCUUUGGAAUAAUGAGUCUUGGCUUGCUUUCUUUGUUGGCAGUUACUUCCAUCCCUUCAGUAAACAGUGCCUUAAACUGGAGGGAAUUCAGUUUUAUUCAGUCUACACUGGGAUAUGUCGCUCUGCUCAUAAGUACUUUCCAUGUGUUAAUUUAUGGGUGGAAAAGAGCCUUUGAAGAAGAAUACUACAGGUUUUAUACACCACCAAACUUUGUUCUUGCCCUUGUUUUGCCUUCUAUUGUAAUUGUAGGUAAGAUCAUUUUACUCUUUCCAUGUAUAAGCAGGAAACUGAGAAGAAUCAGAAGAGGCUGGGAAAAAAGCCAAGUUAUGGAAGAAAGAGGUGGGACUGUUCCACAUCUCUCACCAGAAAGGAUUACGGUGAUGUGAUGGUAGAAUAGUGUCCAUUAGCACUACAGUUGUCACUUGUCUUUUUGUUUUAAAACUUGUGUUUUUAGGAGUUUAUAUAACUAUGUGUAAAAGUUGCUAUGGACUUGCUUGGCAUAUGGUACAAGCUCUCAGCCAAGGAAUGAGCAAUUUAUUUUUCUUCAAAAAUUAAAAAAAAAAAAUCACUUCAAUUUUAAGUUACAAGAGGGCAAACAAUGUGAAAUCAGGAUUUUUAAAAUGCUUCUUUGCACAAUUGUAUCACAAACAUUGUGGUUUUAUAAUUAAAACCAAAUGUUCCAGACAGCAUUUCUUUGACUGAUAGCAAAUGUUCCAGACAGUACUUCUUUUAUUAAAACGAUCAUUUUUAGUUAGUCAGUCCAGAAUGUAGAGUAAUAUAUUUUAAUAAUUUAGAAAAUAAACAUGUUUUGAAACAGCUGAGAUUAAAUUUUUAAUAGUUGAAAUUAUUUAUUCCACACAUACAUUACACAUAUUUGUGUAGGUCAACAAGGAUUUUGAACCAAAACAUGACUUGAAUAUAAUAAAAAUGUUAGUUGCAUUAAGGACUAUGAUUUCAAAGUGCUGCAUAUGGUUUUAGACCUGUAAUGUCCAUUGACGUUAAUGAGUCAUUGCAGUGAAAAUCCAAUCCAAUACUUUGAAAGUGCAAGAAGGAUUUAUAUAAAUUUGUACAAUCAACUAAUGAUCACUUUAAAAAUAAAACAUGCCAAAAAUUAUUUUAAAAAAUUAAAGUUGGGAGAAAUUUGCAAUAAAAAAAUUGAACUUUAUGGGUGAAACUUCCAAUAUCUUAAACACAACAGAGAACAACCAUAAUGUUAACAUUAUCUGUGUGUUUCUGUGUUCGAGUUUCAGUUAUGGCACAUGAAUUUGCCUCUCUUUCAACCUGAAGAUCUUUUAACGUACUUUUGUUGCACAAAUACCCCAUUCUAUUUUUAUAUGAAACUUUUGUUUUUACAGCCAUCUGUGGGGAAUGCUUUACUGUAAAUUUUUAAGAAAUAAAAACAGAUAUUUCUAUACUUCAGCAUUUUAACAUGAGUUGAUGAUCUUGUGAAAUGGAAAUUUCCCUCUAAAAUUUGUAAUUUUGGUUUCCUAAGGCUUUCUGAGGCUUUCUGAAUGUUGUUUAGAAUGACUUAUCAAUGACUACUUUAGCAUGUUUUCUCCUUCUUUACGGAAUAGGCCAAACUCUACUCAUUUACACUCGUGCUGCUUCUAUAGAAAUCAGUGGAAGUUGUUCUCAUGCAUCAAAGUGCAGAAUCUGGCUCUACAUCUCUACCUAUUUUUGCAGUAUUACAGUUUUGCUGUCUUUAAUUGUUUUCUUUCCUCACAUUUUUGCAAUAAUUUUCCAUCAUUAUGAUAAAUAUCUGCAAUAUGACUCUGAUCCAUAUAGCACUUGUGUAUACUUAAGUUGAGUACAUGAGUAGUCCCAUUGACUUUACUGCCUACUUUUGUAAUGAGCCCUACACCCAGGCAAUAUGUAUUUAGAGCCAAAUUCUGCUCCCACUUACACCAGCAUAAAUCCAAACUAACUCAGUGCCAAUUGUUUUUAGUUUCAUUACAAACUGAAGAACCUCAGUUAGGUUUUUCAACAUUCAUUACAGCCUCCAAGCCUUUAAAACAAACCUAGGCCCAUUUAUGGUUUUGUCAGUAUCACAAAAAAUCUGCAGUUUACAUGGUUUCGCCUGUGUUCUGCUUUAGAUAUAGGGUUUGUUCAAACUCAAAACCCAGACUGAAACUCCAGGCAGAGGACUUCCUCAAAAUGACACAACAUAAAGUGAAACAAGGUGGGUUAGUUAAUAUCUUUUUGUCUUUAGGAAGCUUGACUCUCUCACCAACAGAAUUUGGUCCAAUAAAAGAUAUUACUGCAUCCACCUUGUCUCUCUAACACCCUGGG